AUGCCUUCGGUGUUCAACAUCAUCAGGUUCUGCGUCUACGGCGCAGUCCUGGUGUGGACGAUAAUCUGCUUGGCAAUUGCAGCGCAUUUCGAGAGUAUAUUGGUAUCAUCGGAUCUCACUCAUUUCGUUCCGUUCGCUAUCUUCGUUUGCUGCGUGAGUGUGCUCAUCAUAUUGGCACUACUCGGGUUCGGUCUCUGGAGGGAGCGGAAUCCUAUCUCGACAAGAAUCGAGCUAGGAUGUUUGGGGCUCGCAGGAGUACUUUGGCUUGCGCUCUCUGCAUUCAUCGCUUCCUCCGAUGCGGAGGACGCCGAUGUCGAAUGUUACUCCUCGGCUGAUUCUAGCGACGUCGUAAGCCUCUCUAGCUUCAACACGGAGAUCUACCAAGCGCAAUAUCGCGUAUUGGAAGCGUUUUCAUUCUUCAACCUUAUUCUUAUUUUGGGCUUCUCUAUAUUCUUAUUGGUCCUUGCUCUGCGGCACCACCGCCGCGGCGAGCGCUAUGUCUGGAUCGUCCCUGUGACUGCCUUCACCUGGUUUGGCCAGGGAGGCAAGAAGGCUGGCAAGCUCCCAGCGCCUGUCACGCAGCGCUCGCGCUCACGGUCAAGACCUGCCCUGGACGAGAAACAGCGCAAGGACUCACAGCGCUCGAAGGCGUCCAAGACUGAGCGUCCCGAGUCUUGGCGCAUCGUCGAUUACAUCCGCCCGCUUGCGUACCGCAAUGACACCACGCGCACGCAAGACACGGGCCGCACGACGGUCAACCGCCAAGAUUCCUCGCGCAGCCAGGUCGCCCGACACGAUUCCCAGCGCGAGCGCGGGCGGCCGUCCCGCUCGGAUUCCCAGCGCACGCAGGUUAAUCGCCAGGACUCGCAGCGCACCCACGUCAACCGCCAGGAUUCGCAGCGGACGCACGUCAACCGACAGGACUCGCAGCGCGAUCGGAACCAUCCAUACCGGCAGGACUCGACGCGGUCGCAGCCACGGCGGCAAGACUCGCAGAGCCGCCGGCUGCCGCAGACAGCAGUCAACGAGCCGACACGUAACGAAGCACCCACGUAUGUAUACUGGCUGCCGCACAAGGCGCCUGAGCAGGCGCAUAUGACGCAACUCUUCAAGGAGAUGCGCCUUUACGGCUUCAUUACGAUCCUCCUGCUCUCUGCAACCGUACUCGGAAUCUCAGCCUACCUCGGAAGCAUAUUCUUGCCUAACAUCCAACAUGACUUCGGCAUCUACUCGAUCGUCACGCCCUCACUAACGAUUCUUGUAUUUCUAAUAACAUUAUCAUGGUCUGCGCCGCGGACUGAGGCUGUUGUACUCUUUGUACUAGGUGUUAUGUGGCUAGCUAUGGGAGCGUGGUCCGCAGACAUGGUCGGAAACACGCAAUGCGACGCUAUCAACAGUAGUGCGCGGUCCGCAACCAAGAGCGGGACUGUCUCCACGAGAUCGUGGUGCUACGAAAUGAAGGUCAUCGAGGCCUUCUCAUGGAUGAUAUUCUGCCUCUUUGCCAUCUUCCUUUGGGUCCUCAUCUCCCUGACAUCGCGCGCCCGCGCCUUUGGCUACCAAUACGCGUGGGCCGCCCCCAUCUUCGAGCUGCCCUGGUUCGGGGAACUUCCCGGUUGGCCGUACGGUGGGCAGAUGAAUGGUGGGCAAAUGAUGAACGGCGGGCAGUACCCGAUGGGAAUGUACCCCACCGCGGGCGUGCCAUACCAACCCGGCGCGAUGAACGGUGGCUACGUUAUCCAGCAGGCACCCGGACACUCGGUCGUCAUCCAGCCAGGCCCGGGGGGCGGUGCACCGACGAUCACGCAGGUCCCUGGCUCGGUGAGCUCUGUCCCCUAA